CCUCCCGCCCGUGAGCCGCGCGCCAACUCGAGGCGCCGCGCGCGCGCGCGCGGGGCACGUUGCACCGGAGUGACGCAUAAUAUGUGGGCCCCUUCGGAACCGUGGUCGCGCUGUGUGUGAGGGAGAGUGAGUGCGGGACCUGAGGCUGUGUGUGUGAACUGCGGCCGCUGGCGGGGCAGGCGGGAGCGGCGGAGCCGCCCGGGAAGGUGUGGUGUAUAUUUAUUUCGUGGAACCAUUUGAAAAUAAGUUGCAGACCCAUCACCCCUGGAUACUUUGGCAGCCAUCCUUUAGGAUCAGGACGUUCUUCAUAUUUUUUGUAGGGCUUUGUAUUAUUCCAUUGUAUGGACAGUAUUACCAUUUAGACCUCACAACAACCAUUUCCAUUUUAUAGAUGAGGAAAUUAAGGUUUGGAGAAGUUAAAUAACUUGACUAAGACCUCAGAGGUAUGUCAGCAGAGCUGGAAUCUGAAUGCUUGAAACCUUUUUCCAUCAAGUACCAAACGGAUUGGUCUUGGAGACCUGUCUGAGCCCGUUUUCUAAGUAAAUGACUUAACCAGGCCGAGCCAUGACUGCAGUAGCGGUACCUGUGGACUCCAAAGCCGAGCUCACCACCCUGCUGGAGCAGUGGGAGAAGGACCAUGGCAGUGGGCAGGAUAUGGUACCGAUCCUCACCAGGAUGUCGGAGUUGAUUGAAAAAGAAACCGAAGAAUACCGUAAGGGGGACCCGGACCCAUUUGAUGACCGACACCCUGGUCGAGCUGAUCCAGAGUGUAUGCUGGGCCACUUGCUGAGAAUUCUCUUCAAGAAUGAUGAUUUCAUGAACGCACUGGUGAAUGCAUAUGUGAUGACAAGCCGAGAGCCCCCUCUAAACACUGCAGCCUGCAGACUCCUCCUAGAUAUCAUGCCAGGGCUGGAAACUGCUGUUGUCUUUCAGGAAAAGGAAGGAAUCGUUGAGAAUCUUUUCAAAUGGGCCCGAGAGGCUGAUCAACCAUUGAGGACAUACUCUACUGGGCUGUUAGGAGGUGCUAUGGAAAAUCAAGACAUUGCUGCCAACUACAGGGAUGAAAAUUCACAACUGGUGGCAAUAGUGCUUCGAAGACUGAGGGAGCUACAGCUUCAGGAAGUGGCUUCGCGGCAAGAAAGCAAGCGUCCCAGCCCACGGAAGCUCUCCUCGGGGCCCCUUCUGCCUCUGGAUGAAGAAGCUGUGGAUAUGGACUAUGGCGACGUGGCUGUAGGUGUAGUGGACGGGGAGCAGGAGGAAGCCUCACACGACGUGGAGCUCUCCUUCCAUCUUGAUUCAGGCCACAAGACCAGUAGCAGAGCGAACUCGGCCAUCAAAGCCGAGGAGGGAGGACUGAGGAAAAACAAGGCAGUGAAGCACAGCGACAGAGAGAGCUUCAGGAAAGCCAAGCAGAAGCUGGGUUUCUCGUCGUCUGACGCGGAGCGCACGCUUGUGGAGCUGUCUAAUAGCAGCUGGUCCGAGAUGUCCCCCUGGGUGAUCGGCACAAAUUACACCCUUUAUCCUAUGACUUCUGCUAUUGAGCAGCGACUAAUUCUCCAGUAUUUGACUCCCCUAGGAGAAUAUCAGGAGUUACUUCCCAUCUUCAUGCAGCUUGGGUCACGGGAGCUGAUGAUGUUCUACAUCGACCUGAAACAGACUAAUGAUGUCCUGCUGACGUUUGAGGCACUCAAGCACCUAGCAUCUCUCCUGCUCCAUAACAAGUUUGCCACAGAGUUUGUCGCACACGGUGGAGUACAGAAAUUACUGGAAAUUCCUCGUCCAUCUAUGGCUGCUACUGGUGUGUCCAUGUGCUUGUACUACCUGUCCUACAACCAGGACGCUAUGGAAAGAGUUUGCAUGCAUCCUCACAAUGUUCUGUCUGAUGUGGUGAACUAUACCCUUUGGUUAAUGGAAUGUUCUCAUGCCUCAGGAUGCUGCCAUGCUACCAUGUUUUUCUCAAUCUGCUUCUCCUUCCGGGCCGUGUUGGAGCUCUUUGACCGCUAUGAUGGUCUUCGGCGUCUGGUGAACUUGAUCAGUACUUUGGAGAUUCUAAACCUGGAAGAUCAGGGUGCGCUUCUGAGUGAUGAUGAGAUAUUUGCCAGCCGCCAGACGGGCAAGCACACCUGCAUGGCCCUGCGCAAGUACUUUGAGGCCCACCUGGCCAUUAAAUUAGAGCAAGUGAAGCAGUCACUUCAGAGGACCGAGGGGGGCAUUCUUGUCCAUCCCCAGCCGCCCUACAAGGCGUGUUCAUAUACUCAUGAACAGAUUGUGGAGAUGAUGGAGUUCCUGAUAGAAUACGGGCCGGCUCAGCUGUACUGGGAACCAGCUGAAGUCUUCCUUAAACUCUCCUGUGUCCAGCUGCUGCUGCAGCUCAUUUCCAUCGCCUGCAAUUGGAAGACCUAUUACGCAAGGAAUGACACCGUGCGCUUCGCCCUGGAUGUCCUGGCCAUUCUCACCGUGGUGCCCAGAAUCCAGCUCCAGUUGGCAGAAUCAGUGGACGUGCUAGAUGAGGCCGGCUCCACCGUCUCCACUGUAGGUAUCAGCAUUAUUUUGGGAGUGGCUGAGGGUGAGUUCUUUAUCCAUGAUGCUGAAAUCCAGAAGUCCGCACUUCAGAUUAUCAUCAAUUGUGUGUGUGGCCCGGAUAAUCGAAUCUCCAGCAUUGGCAAAUUCAUCUCUGGAACGCCUCGGAGAAAGCUGCCUCAGACUCCCAAAAGCAGCGAGCACACCUUGGCCAAGAUGUGGAACGUUGUCCAGUCCAACAAUGGCAUCAAGGUGCUCCUGUCCUUACUGUCCAUCAAGAUGCCCAUCACAGAUGCCGACCAGAUCCGGGCUCUGGCCUGCAAGGCCCUGGUGGGCCUGUCUCGCAGUAGCACUGUCCGGCAGAUCAUUAGCAAGCUGCCCCUUUUCAGCAGCUGCCAGAUCCAGCAGCUCAUGAAGGAGCCUGUGCUGCAGGACAAGCGCAGCGAGCACGUCAAGUUCUGCAAGUACGCGGCCGAGCUCAUUGAACGGGUGUCCGGGAAGCCGCUGCUCAUUGGCACUGACGUGUCACUGGCUCGGCUGCAGAAAGCAGAUGUUGUUGCCCAGUCGAGGAUCUCCUUCCCUGAGAAGGAGCUGCUUCUGUUGAUACGAAACCAUCUCAUUUCUAAAGGGCUUGGGGAGACAGCAACUGUGCUGACGAAAGAGGCUGACCUGCCCAUGACUGCUGCCUCGCAUUCUUCAGCCUUCACCCCAGCCACCGCUGCUGCUCCUGUGUCUCUUCCCCGAACCCCGCGCCUUGCCAAUGGCAUCGCCACUCGGCUGGGUGGCCAUGCUGCUGUGGGUGCCCCUGCACCUUCUGCCCCCGUGGCCCAUCCACAGCCACGGCCCCCCCAGGGCUCACUAGCUCUGCCGGGCCCGUCCUAUGCAGGCAACUCCCCCUUGAUAGGGAGGAUCAGUUUUAUCAGAGAGAGGCCGUCCCCCUGCAAUGGCAGGAAAAUCAGAGUAUUGCGGCAGAAGUCGGACCACGGCGCCUACAGCCAAAGCCCGGCCAUAAAAAAGCAGCUGGACAGACACCUUCCUUCCCCACCUACGCUGGACAGUAUCAUCACGGAGUAUCUUAGAGAGCAGCAUGCUCGCUGCAAGAACCCAGUUGCCACUUGCCCGCCUUUCUCUCUCUUUACUCCUCACCAGUGUCCUGAGCCAAAACAGAGGCGGCAAGCGCCAAUAAACUUUACCUCAAGGCUAAACCGCAGGGCGUCGUUUCCAAAGUAUGGAGGGGUGGAUGGCGGGUGCUUUGAUAGGCACCUUAUCUUUAGCAGGUUCCGUCCUAUUUCAGUGUUCCGGGAAGCCAACGAGGAUGAGAGUGGCUUCACUUGCUGCGCGUUCUCGGCACGGGAGCGGUUCCUGAUGCUCGGCACCUGCACCGGCCAGCUGAAGCUCUAUAACGUGUUCAGCGGGCAGGAGGAGGCCAGCUAUAACUGUCACAACUCGGCCGUCACACACCUUGAACCUUCCAGGGACGGGUCCUUGCUGCUGACAUCUGCUACUUGGAGCCAGCCUCUGUCCGCACUGUGGGGAAUGAAAUCAGUGUUUGAUAUGAAGCAUUCCUUCACGGAAGAUCACUAUGUCGAAUUCAGUAAGCACUCUCAGGACCGGGUCAUAGGCACCAAAGGAGACAUCGCCCAUAUUUAUGAUAUUCAGACUGGCAACAAGCUGUUGACUCUGUUUAACCCAGAUCUUGCCAACAACUACAAGAGGAACUGUGCCACCUUUAAUCCUACAGAUGAUCUUGUCUUAAAUGAUGGCGUCCUCUGGGAUGUCCGCUCUGCACAGGCCAUCCACAAGUUCGACAAGUUCAACAUGAACAUCAGUGGCGUUUUCCAUCCGAAUGGACUAGAGGUCAUCAUUAAUACUGAGAUCUGGGACCUGCGCACCUUCCACCUCUUGCACACAGUUCCUGCUCUGGAUCAGUGUCGUGUGGUGUUCAACCACACCGGGACCGUGAUGUAUGGAGCUAUGCUGCAAGCGGAUGACGAGGAUGACCUGAUGGAGGAGAGGAUGAAAAGCCCUUUUGGAUCAUCCUUCCGGACAUUUAAUGCGACCGAUUACAAACCUAUAGCAACCAUUGAUGUGAAACGGAACAUCUUUGACCUGUGCACAGACACCAAAGACUGCUACCUUGCUGUCAUCGAGAACCAAGGCAGUAUGGAUGCUCUGAACAUGGACACGGUGUGCAGGCUGUACGAGGUGGGCAGGCAGCGUCUGGCGGAAGAUGAGGAUGAAGAGGAGGACCAGGAGGAGGAGGAGCAGGAGGAGGAGGAUGACGACGAAGACGACGACGACACCGACGACCUGGACGAGCUGGACACCGACCAGCUGCUGGAGGCGGAGCUGGAGGAGGAUGAGAACAACGGGAACGCCGGGGAGGACGGGGACAACGACUUCUCUCCCUCUGACGAGGAGCUGGCCAACCUGCUGGAGGAGGGGGAGGAAGGGGAGGACGAGGACUCGGAGGCGGACGAGGAGGUGGAGCUCAUCCUGGGAGACACCGACAGCUCGGACAACUCGGACCUGGAAGAUGACAUCAUCUUGUCCCUGAAUGAGUGAGGGGCCGUCGCCGCGCGGGAAGAGGGUUCCUGGCAGGCGACAAAGCGGUCACGAGUCGGGAACACCGCCCCUUGCCUUUUAAGGAACCGCGGGCCCUGCUGCGCGCAGAGGGUCCUGGCGCAGGAAGUCCCGCUGGAGCCGGGGGUCCUUCUGAAAGACAGCGACACGCGCAGCCGGCCACGGGCCCGGGCGCCGCUCCCCCUUCUCCUGGGGUGGGCGUCUUCCUCAAGGGGGGAAAUUAAAAAAGACACGUCUCUCGGGUUAUUUCACGAUAUAUUUUCUUUGUAUAAUGUUCUUUACUUAAAGAACAAGAAAUAGUUUUUUAUGAAAUGUAAAAAGAAAAAAAAAAACGCAUUUAUAACCGAGGGCAUGAACUUAUAUCCACCAGGUCUCUUGUCCCUGCACUUCAUUUUCUGUGGAAGAAAAUCAUGUCUGAAGAACAAGAGGCAUUUUUACAUACAUAUUUAAAUGAAAGGAAAAUCAUGGUUUCUUAAAUUGAUAAGGAUUAAGAAUAUUUUAUUAUAAAUAUAAUAUAUGAUUUUUACCCGGUUUUGUUGCCUCACGUGCGGUCAGGUUCAUGUUCCCCUCCAGGCCAGAGGUGGGGGUGCGGCGCCGGGUGCCGGGCGGCCGUGGCUAGUGGGUCUGUGGGGCCGAGGGAGCUUAGGGUGUAAAUUCACUCCCUCUGUUUUCCUUUGUGAUUCAGUUUUCCAGCAAUCUUUUUUUGUUUUUCUCCCCAAUGUGGAAAUUACAAAUCAAAGGCCUUUUUCUUUAAUGUAAAGUGUAUUUAUUUAAAAAAAAAUACAAAAUAAACUACAAGUCUGUCUGUCUUU